GCAGAGUCCUACUUUGAAAUGUCUUGUGUAUGAAAACAUGAACUAACCCCCUUCCUCAGUUUAUGAGGCUCUUUUGCUUGAAAAAUGCCAGGUAGUUGAAGAUGUCUGAGUAUGUUAGCUUACGAAUUUAGUUUGGUUGUAUAUUUUGAAAGUUAAACGUGAGCUCGCGCUGUUUGUGAAUGCUGUAGCUAGUUGUCAGUAGCUAACAGUGAUGUCCUCGUCGUGGACAGAAAGCCAGGGACAGGUGGGAGACCUGAGACACAAGAGCACAGAAGAGCUCCAGGAACUGCUCCUGCGACAGGAAAAGAUACUCUCCAACAAGAGAUUAUUACAAACUCUGCCUGACAGAGGGAAAAAGAUCAAAGAAUUUGCAGAGAAAGUCCGCCUUGCAAUUGAACUCCACGAUGAAGAGGAGAAGAGACAGAGCUUGGUGUCUGCUGCCAGGACAGAGUUUCAGUCCAAGUACAAGCAGGCCUUCACUAUGCAACAACGUGCUCCCCCCAGCAAAGCAGCUACCUCACAGCAGAUCAGGCAGAGUGAUGCUGCUGCAGGUGAUGAUGCUUUUCAGGACAGGUUGAGCUCUCCCGCUUCUACUCGCACGCAUGAAAAAGAUACUUUGGACGAGCAACAGGACCAGUUUGUCUCCAGAGCGGCUGCUGGGGAAACCAUGGAGACGGCUGCUGCUGGGGCCUCUCUGAACUCUGAGGAGACAAAAGAGGGUGACCUUGUGGAGGCCUUGGAAAGGGUCAGACUAUCUGAAACUAGUACUGGUUUCAGUGGCAAGUCCAAAGACCCAAUAAAGAGCACAGCAAGAGACAAUUACUCACUUAAGGAGCAACCAAAAAAGCCUCACUAUGUAACUGUCCUGGAGAAAACAGAGAAAACUUCAGCUCCCAGGAAGCAAAAAUUCAAACCAAAUCAACUGCUUAACAGAAGUGACGUCUCUCCAUCAGGAUCAUUGUCACCCAGUCGGUCUUCUGAAGACUCCUCGCCACUCUCUGCGCAGGCAAGGAGGGAACGGGACAGAAAACACCUGGAUGACAUCACUGCAGCCAAACUACCUCCUCUCCACCACAAUCCAGCACAGCUCCUAUCUCUGGAAGAGUCAGCUGCCCUUCUGAGGGAUCAAACCAAAAAGCAGCAGGAGUUACAGGCCAAGCUGGCCGCCCAGAAACUGUCUGAGGGAUUGAAGAUCUCUAUGGGGAGCUACACUCCUGAUGGCAGCCCCAUGGCCGCCUACAGAGAGGUUCACGAUGAAGGAACCCAGCUCUCCUCAGAGGAAGACUGAUCCUACAAGGCCAGAGCUGGGGAAACCAGAGCGACCUUGGACCUGAGGGAAACAGGCUUUGGAACCCGCAAUCAGGACCCAGCAAACAGGAUUUUCACUCCAAGGACAAGAAAGAAACAGAGUCUUUACACAGUGUGAAGGCAAAGUUUGUAUCCCAGACUCGACUCAGGAAACUGAGAGGCAGGUUGAGAAAACAGCUAGCUUAAUUGUUAUUCAGUUGUUUCAGUCUCCUGCUGGAAUUAACAGCUGCAGUCUAGGAGUGGGAAAUUUUAAGCAUGCCUCACGAGAGCAGUGUUUCUUAUCAGUAAACUUACACUGAUGAUGUCAUGGCUUUUUGAAUUUGAGACUUUUGGAAGCCUCUUUCAUAGUUUUAUCUUUCUUAUGCGCUUAAAGCUCAUCAGCAGGUGGAGCAGACUUUUGAGACUGACUAAUGAUGGGCUGUUUACAACUUUGUCUCAAAAAAAGACAUCAGCUUGUUGAUCCAUGGACAGACUAAAUGAUGUCAGAAUAUGCAACAGUUAAAUAAAUCAAUCAACUUUUGCUAAUG